AUGCCAACCAACAUUAGCACCAAAACAAAAUUGAUUAUUGUACCUUGCCAUUCCGUAUGGAAUUUUACUGAACAAAACAAAACAUCCUCGAAUUAUCACUUAGGUGAAACCACAGAUCAAUGGUCCCUUGCCCCUUUCCAGUAUGAAGGUAACGACCACAUAUCCUUCAUCAAACAUUGUUUACGUGCAAUUGUUGAACUAACCAAUGAUAUUGAGAAUAAUAUACUUAUUUUUAGUGGUUCUCAAACGAAGCCAGAAUUAGGUCCCAUAUCAGAGGCUCAAAGUUAUUAUUUUUUAACAUAUAAGAUAAUUCAACAUUGGAGAAACACAAAUGACAUACCAGAUAAUUUUGAUUCUGAGAUGAUUGAUUACUUAGAGUCUAUUUCUUCAUAUAUCGACUCUAAUGGCGGGAAUAUAUCUACAAUUUUUAACGCAUACAAUGUAUCAACAGAAGAGUUCUCUUUAGAUUCAUUUGAUAAUUUGUUAUUUUCUAUUGCCAGAUUCCAAGAGAUAUUCUUCAGUUAUCCAAAGGAUAUAACUAUUGUUGGGUUUGGUUUUAAAGAAGAAAGAUUCGUUAAAUAUCAUGCCAAAGCAAUUGAUUUUCCUCAAACCAAAAUAAAUUAUAUAUCAAUCGGUCCAGAACCAACUAGUUAUACAAAGGAACAAUUAACGGAAUAUUUUUCUAAUAUUACUAAAGCAGAAAAUAAAAAUGCUCUUAAUCAUUUUGCUAAGGAUUGGUAUGGUACCUGUGAGCCACUAAGAGAAAAGAAAGAGAACCGUAACCCAUUCUCCAGAACUCCUCGCUAUGAAACCUUAAGUCUUCUACUAUUGAACGGUGAAAUAACCGAUUGUGAAUCACAUUUUAAUUUAUAUAUUCAAGGUAAAAUGCCAUGGUCUGUACGCAAUUGA